GGGGGGUCAGCGGGGGAGGGACAGCUGAAGACAGGUCUCCACACACAGCUCCAACAGCCACAUUCGCAGCCUCGGCCGUCUGUCCAGAACCUGCUCCCACCUCAGGCCCAGGCCGACCGUGCGCUGCCGCAAUGGGCUCUGAGCUGGAGACGGCGAUGGAGACCCUCAUCAACGUGUUCCACGCCCACUCGGGCAAAGAGGGGGACAAGUACAAGCUGAGCAAGAAGGAGCUGAAAGAGCUGCUGCAGACGGAGCUCUCUGGCUUCCUGGAUGUGAGCACAGAGCGGUGGAGUGGACGUGGAGCCCAGAAGGAUGUGGAUGCUGUGGACAAGGUGAUGAAGGAGCUAGACGAGAAUGGAGACGGGGAGGUGGACUUCCAGGAGUAUGUGGUGCUUGUGGCUGCUCUCACAGUGGCCUGUAACAACUUCUUCUGGGAGAACAGUUGAGCAGCCACACUCAGCAGCGCCCUUUCUCUCCACCCUGCCAGACCUGCCUCUACCCCCUGCUUCCACCUCAUCCCCAGUCCCUCUCCAUAAUCCCACCCUUGCCCGCCCCACCCGCCCCACAUGCCCCACCCACCCCACCCGACCCCCCCCACACACACCAAGGGCGCAAGAGCAGCGGUCCAAGCCUGCAACUCCUCUUUCAUUAAAGGCUCUUCUCGCCAGCCA